AGAACAAGGGUAUUUUAAUUUCUCUCUAGUUAGUAAAGGCUAAAAUUAAGUUUGCCAUUUUUAGGGGUACCUUUUAUCCAUGGACCAUCAAAACAACCCAAGAAUAGUUUUUGCAAUUUCUUGUAUUUUAAUAUGCUUCUUGAUAAGCAAUGUUGUUCCACAAGUUGAAGCUAGAGCAUUUUUUGUUUUUGGCGAUUCACUUGUUGACAAUGGCAACAAUAAUUUCCUAGUCACCACUGCUCGUGCUGAUUCUUAUCCUUAUGGCAUUGAUUACCCAACUCAUAGAGCCACUGGAAGAUUUUCCAAUGGACUCAACAUCCCUGACCUUAUAAGUGAGCAAAUUGGGUCAGAACCUACGUUGCCAUAUUUGAAUCCUGAACUGGAUGGAGAGAGGUUACUAAAUGGGGCUAACUUUGCUUCUGCUGGAAUAGGAAUUCUCAAUGAUACUGGAAUUCAAUUUAUAAACAUAAUUCGAAUUUCAAGACAAUUGCAAUACUUUGAGCAGUAUCAGCAAAGAGUGUCUGCACUAAUUGGAGAAGAGGAAACUGUGAAAUUAGUCAACGGAGCACUCUUCCUCAUAGCCUUAGGUGGAAAUGAUUUUGUGAACAACUAUUUUCUUGUGCCAUUCUCUGCAAGAUCACGCCAAUUUGCACUACCAGAUUAUGUUGUAUACCUCAUUUCUGAGUAUCGUAAAAUUCUUGCGAGACUUUAUGAAUUGGGAGCAAGAAGAGUAAUGGUAACGGGUACAGGACCCUUAGGUUGUGCACCAGCAGAAUUAGCCCAACAUAGUAGAAAUGGUGAAUGUUUUGCAGAGCUUCAGCAAGCUUCUGAUUUAUUCGACCCUCAACUCGUUCAAUUAUUGACUCAACUAAACUCUGAAAUUGGUUCUGAUGUUUUUAUUUCUGCAAAUGCCUUUUCAAGGAAUAUGGAUUUUAUUGGUAAUCCACAAGCAUUCGGAUUUGCCACAUCAAAAGUUGCAUGUUGUGGUCAAGGACCGUACAAUGGAAUUGGACUGUGCACUCCGUUAUCCAACGUAUGCCCAAACAGAGACAUAUAUGUAUUUUGGGACCCUUACCAUCCUAGUGAGAGAGCAAAUAGAUUGAUUGUUGAAAAGUUCAUGAUUGGAUCUACCAAAUACAUGUAUCCAAUGAAUCUCAGUACUAUUAUGCUUUUGGAUUCAAGGACUUAAUACCACUUAAUGUCUUUUCUAUUCCCACCGCAACAUGUUGUAUUAUGCGUAUUGAAUUAUUCAUUGUUUAGACUAUGCUGUUACAAGCUGUGCUGUGUGCAAAUUAAAAUUUGUAUUUUUUAAAA